AAGUCUAGUGGACAACCUCAUCUUCCGUCCUGAUCAACUCCACUUCCAUCCUUUCGACACCAACCUUCCUAUCGCUCUCGACAGCUGUUUAAUAUAUCAGGGAAUUAUGUAGUCUUAAAAAUAUGCCUGAAACAGCACUGAACGCAAACAAGCGCCGGCAGCGACAAGAUGAGGAACAAUUUUCGGCUGGAGAAGAGGGGGCGCCGCCACCUGCACGCAGACGACGCACAUUUCUACAUACCAUGGGCCGCCAGCUUCGCGAAUUAGGAACUGAUGGGACGAGUCCACAAGAUAGGAGUAGAGCCACCUUUGGAACUAGUCCGAUGGGCCAAUCUACCCUUAACACAAACACACAGGGCGAGACCUGUUCUGAGGACCGUGCCGGAUCUGGACGUGAGGAGUCCAUCGGUGAAGAUGACCAACUUCCUUCUGGCACUGGGAAAAGCUCGUCUGAGUGGCUGUGGAAAUCUCAAGAAGUGGAAUUUACAAUGACUCCACCUACAGCUGCUGCCUUCUCUUUCGAAGAUCUUCUGGACUGGAGUCAGUGCUAUUUCGAUCUCUGGCAUCCAGCCUUCCCGUUCAUCCACGCACCUUCAAUGAUAGAAUACUUCCACAAGAUUGAACGAAAACCUUUGUUACCUGCAGCCACCGAAAUCGAAGUCUUCCAAGGUGUCAUCACGCGUUCUAUUAUAUCAAUUGCCACAAUGGAUCGAAGACACAUGAACUUGACGCCAGCCUCGCCAUUGCCAUCGCAUUUGGUGUUUCAUUCUUUUAAUGACGCCAUCGAAAGUGUCCACAAAGUUCUCACACUUGAAAGUUCCAUUCAUUCAUUGCAAGCCUUGGUGAGUGUUGUGAUAUUCCUAAUCACAAUGCAAAGGUACAAUGCAGCAUCUCGACUGGAAAGCCUGGCAGUUCGCCUGUUAUUUCAAUUGAAUUUACACAAAUGUCCAUUCAAAAUGACUGGAAGCGCAAGGGCCGAGGCGAACCUUAGAAAACGUCUAUUCUGGUCCAUGUUCUGCUUGGAUAGAUACGUCUGCAUUCGUCUUGGUACUCCGGUCGGAAUCCGUAGCGAGGAUGUUGAUGUUUGCCAUCUUCAUGACGAGCUCCAUUUGGCUCAAGGUCACAAGAAUACUGAACAUGAUAGCCGUUUGGACUUUCUAGACUUCCUGGCACGUCAUGCGAGCAUACGAGGCUCGAUCAUGGAGUUGCGCAAUAGCUCAUCAUUAAAUAGACAUGUGGCAGGAUCGAACCAAACGCUCAAUAUCGAAAUUGAGCACAGCAAAUGGUGGAACACAGUGGACGAAUACCUGUCAAACGUUGAGUUGACACAAGCACCCGCGAUCACAAAGGCUCAUCAAGUGACUUUGAUCGUGCUCCGAUUUGAAUCAAUAUUAGCCCUCUGGCGCUCAGUGCUUGCAACGCCGAAUCAAGGGCCGGCAUAUGAUGCAGCUUUGCAGAGGUGUAUAUCUGCCUCACGGUCUAUCAUCAACACCUUAUACAAAGCUCUUCAGGGAUUUGGAGCUUUUGAUGGAUCGCCAGGACGACAUGGCUAUCAAACUACGCCGCUAUUGUGGCCUUCAUUCACCUGGGCAGUCUGGAUGAGUACGUUUAUCAUUAUAUUCGCAGCUACAGAAGACGAAGUGCCUCGAACUGUAGCUAAGAGCCUUGCUACCCGAAGCAUUUCGAUCCUACAGCAUCUUGCUCUCCGAAAUACCAAAUGGCCCGAAGCAUGUAUCGUGGCCAUACGAAAGCUACUCGAUCGCAUAGAUGGAGGAGGCAGUUCUCGCACAGAUGGUCCUGAAAUGACCUCAACACAAUCACGGCAACCUGUUCGACCAAUGGGCAAUCCUACAGACCCCAGUGCGCGGCCGAAUGAGACAUCCGUUCCAAACCAGAGCCUCUAUCGAGCUUCUAACGACAUUGUGUCCACAUAUCCGUUACAUGGAAUGUCGGUUUCAAACUCCCAAUACCACCCCGUUCAACAAUCCUAUCAUGUCACUACUGAUACCGCCUACAACCCUAUUUCGUCUAUUGACAUGGAUGCGUUUGGGGUAAUCCCAUCAGUCACCGGGAGUUCAACAGCAAACCAGGUUCAGAAUCUUGCCAGUAGUCACUUGGGAGGUUCAGGAACUUUUCUAGGCAUCGCACAGGAGAUGUCUGACAACCCUCUGUCCACGAACGAAAUCAUGCACCUUUUCAACAAUACCGACGAACGAGCGCCCUGGUUUAAUGAAGCCAAUUACCUGUAACCAUAGACAGUCAUAUUCACGAAUCUUGUCUACAUUCACCCACAUCAAAAGCAUUUGACACCCUUACGGGCCAUCCACCUUUUGUUAUCUGCGAUAGUUUCUAGCCCAAAGCAUGCUUAGCUUAGCUACACACAACAAAUACAGUUU